AUGGCGGAUCUUUCACUGGACGAAUUAAUACGCCGACGCAAUUUUAAUGCCAAACCUGCCAUUAAAAGGCCUGUGUUUGGGAGGGGCGCAGGAGUGGCGGGCAGAACAUUUGACGCCAGGCAGAAGAUUGGAGCGGGUGACGUCAGACAGAGGUUAGGAGGCGGAGGAGGAGCGUUCCAGAUUAAAGAUGCCAGGGAGAAGCUGGCACAAAAGGACGCGCGUUUCCGUAUCCGCGGCAGGGGAGGGGGUGCCGCCGGGGGUGUACAGGACGCCCGACAGAUGAUCAACUCUCGCAAACAGCAGCAGGGAGGCAACGCCCCUCUGAGCGCUGCGCAGACGCAGGCGCAGAUGCACAAACCCGCAGCCGCCUCCGGUCUGCAGACGCACAUCGCGCAGAUUCAGAUUCAAAAUAACAACACAAACGGCAGACAGUUUCCUCCCAGCGCUCAAGGACUGAAUUCACGAAUCAGUGUAGCUCUGCAGCCGGGAGGCGGGAUUACCAAAGUAGUGGACGCACGCGAUAGGCUGAGCCUAAAGAGGAACAUCACUUCAGCACCCAGUCAGGGGUCAGUAGCACCACUGAAGAUCACUAAAACCAUCCAGCAGAGACCGGUUGGAAUGACCAGCGGGAUUCGCGUGAACGUCCCCAGCAGAGGAGCGCAGGGCCUGUCCGGAGGAGAUGAUGAUGAUGGUGUCAUACCCAACAAAAAGAUGAAGAUCACUACGUCCAACGACCUGGCACAGACACGGCCCGGCACUGUGGGCUCUGGCUUCUCCAUGUCUGCACCGAUCACUAAGGUGGUGAAGAAUGAUGCGUACACAGCCCCGCCCCCUCCUGUUCCCGUGGCGCCCACGCGGCCCAGCGCCGUGGCGACGGCAGCAGCCAGGUCUUCGGCCGCUCCCCUACCACCCGUCUCCAGGACACUGGUCAACCCACAGCAAGGAGGGGAUACCUGUGCUGUUCCCACACCUCCACAGUCUGCCUUUAGCCCUCUGGAGGGCACGAAGAUCACCGUUAAUAACCUACAUCCUCGUGUCACUGAGGAGGACAUCGUGGAGCUGUUCUGCGUGUGUGGGGCUCUGAAGAGAGCUCGGCUGGUGAAAGUGGGGGUAGCAGAGGUGGUGUUUGUCAGAAAGGAGGAUGCAGUCAGCGCGUACAGGAGAUACAACAACCGCUGCCUGGAUGGUCAGCCAAUGAAGUGCAAUCUUCACAUUCAGGGGAAUGUCAUCACUUCAGACCAGCCCAUUCUGUUGAGGCUGAGUGACACGCCUGGUGCUUCUGGAGGCGGAGCCAAGAAAGACGGCCUCCCCGCCUCUCUGUCUCGCUCAGGCGGUCGUGCCGCCUCCUCCCAGCCCACCCCCGAGGUGGACCCUCAGACCAUCCUAAAAGCUCUGUUUAAAUCCUCCACCCAGAGCCCCACCCCCUCAGAGCCCCCCAGUUCUCAGGCCACCGCCUUCCGCAUUAAAAUAUAACACACACACACA